GCUGUCCUGGAGGCCCGGGGGCCCCGGGAGACGAUGCGCCCCGCCGAGCCGCCUGGGCCUGCGCGAGCCGUGAGUACUUCGCGCGUGGGCUCGCCGCCGCCGAGCACAGCCGGGCUCCUCGAGAGCUGCGCCUGAGAUGGAGUUCCUGCCCCUUUGGCUAUGCCUGGGUUUUCACUUCCUGAUUGUGGAAUGGAGGAACGGAAGUGGGACAGCCGCUGCAGCUUCCCAAGGAGGCUGCAAGGUGGUCGAUGGAGUCGCUGACUGCCGAGGCCAGAGCCUUGCUUCUGUACCCAGCAGCCUCCCAUCCCAUUCCCGGAUGCUUGUUCUGGAUGCCAACCCUCUCAAGGUCCUGUGGAAUCAUUCCCUCCAGGCCUACCCACACCUGGAGAACCUCAGCCUGAGCAGCUGCCACCUGGACCGUAUUGGCCGCUAUGCCUUCCAAGAGCAAGGCCGCUUACUCAGCCUGGGUCUGGCGGACAACCGCCUGUCAGAGAACUACAAGGAGACGGCGGCAGCUCUCCACACCCUGCUGAGACUUCGAAGGCUUGACUUGUCCGGAAACUCCCUGACUGAAGACAUGGCAGCCCUCAUGCUUCAGAACCUUUCCUCGCUGGAUUCUGUGUCCUUGGCAAGGAAUACCCUCAUGAGGCUUGAUGACUCUGUCUUUGAGGGCCUGGAGCACCUCAGGGAGCUGGAUUUGCAGAGGAACUAUAUCUUUGAGAUCGAGGGCGGUGCGUUUGAUGGCUUGACUGAGCUGAGACGCCUCAACCUCGCCUACAACAACCUCCCCUGCAUCGUGGACUUCAGCCUCACGCAGUUGCAGUUCCUCAAUGUCAGUCACAACAUCCUGGAGUGGUUCCUGGCAUCCAGGGAGGACAAGGACAAAGCCUUCGAACUGGAGAUGCUGGACCUGUCCCACAACCAGCUGCUCUUUUUCCCCCACCUGCCCCAGUGCAGCAAGCUCCACACGCUCCUGCUACGGGACAACAGCAUGGGCUUCUACAGGGAGCUGUACAAUGCCUCCUCGCCACAGGAGAUGGUGGCGCAGUUCCUUCUUGUGGAUGGCAACGUGACUAAUAUCACCACUGUCAGCCUCUGGGAAGAGUUUGCCUCCAGCGACCUGUCAGCGCUUCGCUUCCUGGACAUGAGCCAGAACCAGUUCCGGCACCUGCCAGAUGGCUUCCUAAAGAAGACACCUUCCCUUUCCCACCUGAACCUCAACCAAAACUGCCUGAAGAUGCUCCACAUCCGGGAGCAGGAGCCCCCGGGGGUGCUCACUGAGCUGGACCUGAGCCACAACCAGUUGGCAGAGCUGCAGCUGGCUCCGGGGCUCACUGGCUCCCUCAGGAACCUCCGGGUGUUCAACCUGAGCUCCAACCAGCUCCUGGGAGUCCCCGCUGGCCUUUUUGACAGUGCCAGCAACAUCACUACAAUUGACAUGAGUCACAAUCAGAUCUCGCUUUGUCCAAAGACGGUGCCCUUAGACUGGGCCGGGCCCUCCGGUUGUGUGGAUUUCAGAAAUAUGGCCUCCUUGAGGAGCCUUUCCCUGGAUGGCUGUGGGCUGAAGGCAUUAAAAGACUACCCCUUCCAGGGGACCUCCCUCACCCAUUUAGACUUGUCCAGCAACUGGGGAAUUCUAAAUGGGAGCAUCAGCCCUCUCUGGGCGCUUGCCCCUACCUUACAGGUCCUGUCGCUCAGGGACGUGGGCCUCGGUCCUGGCGCUGCAGAGAUGGACUUCUCCGUGUUUGGGAAUCUGAGGGAGCUGGACCUGUCAGGAAAUUCCCUGACCAGCUUCCCAAGGUUCAGGGGCAGCUUGGCCCUGCAGACUCUUGACCUCCGCAGAAACGCUCUCACGGCCCUGCCCCAGAGGGCUGUGUCCGAGCAGCCUCUGAGGGGUCUGCAGACCAUCUACCUCAGCCAGAACCCUUAUGACUGCUGUGGGGUGGAGGGCUGGGAGGCCCUGCAGCGCUUCCAGACUGUUGCCGACCUGGCCAUGGUCACCUGCAACCUCUCUUCCAGGAUCAUUCGCGUGGUGGAGCUGCCCGAAGGCAUGCCCCGGGACUGUAGGUGGGGGCAGGUGGACCUCGGCCUGUUCUACCUCGUGCUCGUCCUGCCCACCUGCCUCACCCUGCUCGUGGCCUGCACUGUCAUCUUCCUCCUUUUUAAGAAGCCUUUGCUCCAGCUCAUCAAGAGCCAGUGCCGCUGGUCCUCCAUCUACUGAGCCUUGGGCCAAGGCCAGAAGCUUGACUGCUGAGCUGAAGGAGGCUUCGCUCUGCUGGACCUUCAUGUCUGCAGGUGUCCGGUGCAAUGCAUUGGAGGUUUGGGAAAUUUAAAAGAUUCCCAUCCUCCGUCCCAUGAAAUUCUUCUCCCACCCUUGUGAUUUCUCCUCAUCGUCCUGGUGAAAUAUUUAUUAAGUGACAUUCUGUGAGAAUAAAGGGCCAGCCUCGUAAAUACUUUUAAAAUCGGA